CUCUGGUGCAGGCCUGGCUACUGUUCCUCUCAUGGGUCCAUAGGCCCGCCUUCCCAGGCUGCCCACUUCCCCAACCAAAGCUCUGAUCUUCCUUGGUUCUUACAUCUCACAGAUGCUGAGUCUUAGGGGAAGACUCUUGCUAGUUCAGAGGCCUCCUCUUUUUCUCCUCUCUUCCAUUGCAGAGUCUGGACUGGUAUGGCCCGGAGGUGCUCAGAUCUGCUAUGUGCUCCUGUGCUGCUGGUGCUCCUGGCCUCAGAUGUCUGGGCAUCCACAGUCACAUCUGAAGAGCUUCAUGGAAUGGUAGGACAGAGCCUGUCUGUGCAGUGCAAGUACACGUCUGAGGAAGGGCCUUAUGUGCUGAAAAUGUGGUGUCGGCAGACAUCCCCAAAUAGAUGUAGUAGAGUGGUCACUACCUCCGAGCCUCGGAAAGCAGUCAGGAAAUUACAGCACAGCAUCUGGGAUGAUCCUGAAGCUGGCCUCUUCAACAUCACCAUGACUCAGCUAACAGAGGAGGACUCGGCGUUCUACUGGUGUGGUCUGUAUAGUGCUUCCCGCAGAGAAGUAACCGUCCUCAGAAACAUCAGCCUGGUAGUGUCUCCGGCCUCAUCAACUCUUCCUUCACAGACAAUUUCUUGGCUCCCAGAAAGUACAGCAGCCACCAUCUUUUCGUCCUUCUUCGUUCUGACCACCUCUCCUGAGGAGAUCACUGACCCUUCCGUCAAUGAGGAGAUCACUGACCUUUCCGUCAAUGGCUCUGAGCACAGAAACCAAAGUUCUUCCUCUCCUGGCCGGACCUCCCCGGGGCUUCUGGUCUUUGUGCAAUAUGGACUCCUCCUGCUCAAGGGCCUGAUGCUAUCAGUUUUCUGUGUGCUCCUUUGCUGGAGGCGUGGCCAGAGACGUGAGUACACGGCAGAGACAGAGGUGAUGGAGCUUUCAAAAUUACCUCACAUCUCCAAGUCCUUGGGCAACGUUUAGCCGCAUCUCAGAGCGUGAGAAGAAAGUUAACCGACUCUAAGGCUACCCAGGGAGCACACCAGGGAGCACAGCAGUCCCCAUUUCAGCUCUACCGAAGCCCACGGGAGACAACCCACCAGACCCGCACCUCAAACGGCCAGGGCUAGCUGUCACUCCAGUAUCCAGCACCCUCAGCGCCAGACACCCGUGUGGCCCAGACCUCCCCAAAGCUGACCGACCACGGGAAGUUAAUCUGCAACACUCAUCUCAUCUACCUUCCCAGAAGCCCACCCCUGAGCCUUUCUCAUCUUCUCUCCUGCCUCCAUUCACAUCACAUGACUCACAGGCUCUGUUUCCCAAGUGAGCUACUCACAAGGCGGGAGCCUGUCCACUGUGCUGAAGUUCAUAUUCGUGGAUUGUAUCAGAGCAGAACCAGGUGGCACCGUUUCCCCUGGGCUUCCUCUGUUGCACACAUGCUCUCCAUCAGGGGAGACUAUUGGGACCCAGGGUGAAUAUGAUGUCUCGUCCUCUCACUUUCAUGGUGUCUGUGGGGGACAUCUCCAUCAUGCUGUCCUUGGGACCCAUGUGUGACUUCAUUAAAAUUUAUACCCAGAGGAGUUUGUAGGAUUUCAGAAUCUCAGCUGCUGGUGCUUCCAGCUUUGUUUCCUAAACACCACUAGACAACCGGAGAUCGUACCGUGCAUCUACAGGAAGUACGUAGAACCAUCUAUGGAUUGGUCAUCCAAGAAACAAAUGCAGGGAUGUUGGGAGCAUGAAGGUUUUAUGUCCAAAAAUCACUAAGGAAACUGGAAAUGUACUGGAGAGAUGGCUCAGUGGUUAAGAGCACUGACUGCUCUUCCAGAGGUCCUGAGUUCAAUUCCCAGCAACCACAUGGUGGCUCACAAUCAUCUGU